AUGGAAUCGCCUGUCCUCAUACCAGGCUCUUUCAUGGCUGAACACGACACCAACUCACAGGCGACGCGCUGCCGGACGUCCAUAUUCAUCUCUCCUACCGAUGACAGUCCCCAUGCGUCCACUCCCACGUCAAAUUCUUUCUCCUCGCAGCCGAUCUCAAACUUCUCAAACUUCACCGAGCACAACAAUGGCCGCAAGCGACCUCGCCUCGGAGCCACCAGUAGUCGUGGUCGCAAUCCCAGUGCACUGCGACGUGACUCUUAUAUCUCAAAACAGUCUCUAUGUCGCGACGCUCUAAGUCCACCACCGUUCGUAAGCACGAACUACCGUAUGGCUGGAGGCCUUGAUGCCCAAGUUCUGUCAAUGUCGCAACAAGAGGAAGAUGAACGUGAAUACGAUUAUGAAGUGGACUGCAGACCCAACCGAUUUACACAAAAGUCUUCUCAGCCGACCGACUCCUACUUUCCGGAUGCCUCUGAAAACGACUCUUAUUUCCCAGCUUCCGCUUCGGAGAACUUGCCACCAGAGUUCCACCUUCCAUACACGCCUGGAGUCAAUGGAACGGGGCAAAAUAAAAGAAAACAACCCUCAAGUCCACCAAAAGGCUGGGGCAAGACCGUCUGGGCCUUGACUGGCGGUAUUGCCGGAAAAGUGAUCAAUUUCUGCUGGAACACCACCUUCGCAGGAUUCCACGCUGGUGGAGGGAACGGAUACCGAUUCGACAUUGGGACACCGGAUGUCGCCGCCGGUAACGCAUGGACAGAAGUCGACGCCCACCAGGAUGUGUUUCACGCCGACUACGAUGGCCUUUCUGAUCGGCGACAACGGCGAGAACUUACUCCCGUUCCAGGAGGUUUCCCUGAAGAACAGCCCACCUUCAUCGAAGAUUACAUGUCGAAUCCAUCAGGACCGAGAAUGCACAACCCUGAUUCCACUCCCACGAUGAACGUACAGGGUGCAUCGUCUUCCAUCUCACACAACGACUGGGUCGUCAUAGAUCGUUCCGGAGAAAGCACUUCGCGAGAGGACAGCCCGGUACGAAAGAAGUCCCGAGCAAGCACGGCGAAUCUCUACUACGCUCGUCCAGCACCGGCAAGACACGCCAGCGCCUCGGCUCGUCCACGCCUGGUUUCACGAUCAACCCCUCACAAUCACAAAUCAACGGCGUCUUUCGCUUCUCCUCGCAUAUCGUCUCUCAACACGUCAAACACUUUUUCUUCGUCUAUGCAGCCACGUCAGCCACUCUCCGCCUCUGGCGGCGCCGGGAAUGCCAACUUGCCAGCACAUGGGUGUACGCCUCCAUCACUCUCAAAACGUCCAUCUAUCACCGGCAGUAGAGCAUCACUAGCUUCCCCGCGUCGAUAUGCUAGUCAACCAGCUGCCAUGUGCUCGGCCGUGUCGCAGUCUCCCAAAGCGUCGCCGGAAGUGCGCAAGUUCGAGCAGAAACUGCGCCGUAAAGAGGCCAAGCAGGAUCAAACUAUGAGUCGGUUCAAUGCGCAGCUCGAGGCUAUGAUUCGUGAAGGACAGCAGGCUUUGGGAUCGACUAUUGAGGUGGACCUGGAAGGCGGAACGGAAGCGGACGGUAUCGUCGUGGUUGACGAGAAAGAUGAAGAUGAAGGUUAUGGAUAUGGGGAAGACAAUGUGCUCCGUUACAACAAAGUCGGUGGCAUGGGCAAGAGACAUGAGAGAGGCUAUGUCAGGCCUGGAGUAUGGGCUUGA